AUGCCUGAGUCCGUGGUUUACCUUGACACUGGUGCUGCACCACCUGUUUAUCGUCCUCAGUAUCCACUUGCUGAACAUCUUUUACCUGUCCUUGAGGAGCAAAUCCAAAAAUGGCUUGCUGACGGUCUUAUCAUUCCUGCACCACCUCGUAACGGAUGGAAUAGUCCUUUGACGGUCGCUCCUAAAAAAGACGCACAGGGUAAUCCCACCAAUUUUCGCCCUUGUCUUGAUCCGCGACAUAUCAACAACCUCUUACCUGAACAUCGUUAUCCAUUACCUCACAUCGAGCAAAUCUUUCACGCACUUACCGGUGCCACUGUUUUCACCACGCUUGAUCUCAAGAGUGCAUUUCAUCGAUUCAAGAUCCAUGAACCUGAUCAACACAAAACCACGUUUACCUUUCGCAACAGACCUUAUUGCUUCCAAGCAUGUCCCUUUGGUCUUAAGCAUAUCAGCGCGAUAUACUUAUGUCACCUACAAAAAGUUGGCUCCCCCCAGCUGGAGUUGAAAAAAAUUGUAGGCAGUUGA